UCUCAAUCGAUUGAGAAUUGAAUUGUUAAAGAGUCGGAUAAAGCUUGCACACUUUAAAUGAAAAAAUAAAGCCUCCGCCCCGAUCAGUUGAAAUGCGAAUCUUGACUUGACUUGAACACAAUUGCUGGAUUAAGGAUUUAAUUUGUCAAUCUUGAGAAACUAUUCUUCUAUUCAACUGUAAUUUUUCAAAAAUUGCUUAUAACAUUUUUUAAUUUUGUGUCAAUAUCUUUACGGUGAUAACUUUGUUGUCCUAAUAUGGAUUCUAGCAUUGAAGAGAAACCUUUCCUUCAAGAAUGUAGAGACAUAAUUGAAGGUUCAUUUGGUGUUUAUCUUAAACUGAGUCAACAAAUUGGUGAUCUGGUCCAUCAACAUGCUCAAAUGGUGAACAAAGCUGUCCAAGAGCUUUAUUCGUUACUUAUUUUAACCGGUAUUCACAGUAAGCCUGAUCAAGGAAUUUUCAUGCAGCUACUUAAACCUCUGUCAGAGUGCAUCAUGUCCAUCCAAGAGUUUCGAGAAAAAAAUCGAGCCUCCAGCUGGUUUAAUCAUUUAUCGGCCAUUUCAGAGUCGAUCGGUGCCCUUGGUUGGGUUACUGUUUCUCCAACGCCCGCUCCAUUUGUUAAAGAAAUGACUGAUGCCAGUACUUUUUAUACUAAUAAGGUCUUGGUUGCUUACAAAGAGAAAGACAAAACACACACUGAUUGGGCUAAAGCUUGGUUACAGUUUUUAAAUGAUCUUCAAAAGUACAUAAGAGUUUACCAUACCACCGGUCUCGUUUGGAACUCGCGGGGCACACCAGCUACAGCCUCUGCCUCUGUUCGUUCUGGUCCUGGUGGUCCUCCCCCACCACCACCUCCACCAGCAGACCUUUUUGCCGAACCUGGUAAAGGAGUUGCUGGAGAUGAUACACGAAGUGCGUUGCUCAAAGAACUAAAUAGAGGAACUGAAAUAACCAAAGGUCUCAAGAAAAUUUCUUCUGAUCAACAGACUCAUAAGAACCCAGCUUUACGAUCUUCUGGUCCAACUCCAUACAAGGCACCUUCAGUCUCUCAACCUGUGGUCAAAUCAGUUGCUCCACCUAAACCUCCAAAAUUUGAAUUGGAAGGUAAAAAGUGGAUGAUUGAACAUCAAACCGGUAAGAAAGAUCUUACCGUCAGUGACACUGAAAUGAGCCAAUCUGUCAACAUAUACAAAUGCAAAGAUUGUCUGGUCGUUAUCAAAGGCAAAAUCAACUCAAUCACAGUAGAUUCAUGUACUAAACUCUCACUGGUAUUUGAUGAUAUUGUCUCAGUGGUAGAGUUUGUCAACUGUCAAAAUAUUCAAGCUCAGAGUAUGGGUGCUGUACCAACUGUCAACGUCGAAAAGACAGAUGUAGUCGAGAUUUACUUGAAUGCCAAGUCGCUCAAUGCUGAAAUCGUAACCGCCAAAUCAUCAUCAGUUAACGUUUCAGUUCCUGAUGCAAACGGUGACUUCGUUGAACAUCCUAUUCCGGAACAAUUCAAAUCAAUUUGGACUGGAUCAAGCUUCAAAACGGAACCUGCUGAUAAAGCAGCUUAAUAUUACUCAACCACUUUUUACCUCUCUCUACCUCUCUUUUAAUUAUCAACAUAAUCCAUAUAUGCAAAACUGUAUAUCAACAUUAUCUAAUUGAUUUAUAAAAUUAUGAGAGAAUAUCAGAGGAUGGUAGUAAAAAUGGAGGCUAAUCAAUUGAAAAAAAACUAAUAACAAAAGUCUAUUGACUUUUUUCAUGUAACAAGAAUGGAUUUUAUUUUAAAAAUUGACAACUUAAUCAUAUUUUAGAACGAAGGCAAAGAAAUGACGCCAUACUAACGAAGCGAAAGACAAACACGAAUAAAUUCAAGCUCAAAAGCCCAUAAAAUACCAAGUCUAUUUCACUGAUAA